AUGAAUUCUCCUGCUUGGCAAUCUAUUAUUCAAAGUUCUGCUUGGUUUACAAAUAUGUAUGCGAUCACUCAUCCAUCACAGCCAAAUUAUAUUUCUAUGAUCGCUGGUUCCACACUAAAUCACAGGGACAAUAAUUAUUUUUCUACAAGUGAAACGACAAUUAUUGAUUUGUUAAAUAGAGCUCGAGUCAGCUGGAAAAGUUAUCAGGAAAACUAUACAUCACUUCCUACAACGACGAGUCCUAAUUGCAACGAUAGGAUGGAGCUUUCAGGUGGUUUAUAUGUUCGAAGACAUAAUCCAUUUAUGUUCAGUACUACAGUAAGAAACAAUAUAACUGAAUGUGAAAAAAUAGUAAAUGCAGAACAAUUGGCAGUCGAUUUAGCAAAUAGACAGUUGCCCCAAUUCUCCUUCUAUACACCAAACAUGAAAAAUAAUGCCCACGACACAAAUCUCAACUACGCAGGGAAAUAUUUACAAAAUUGGUUGAAUAUUCAUUUAAGCGAUCUUGUCUUUAUGAAUGGAACAUUAUUAAUUGUGACUUUUGAUGAAGAUAAUAUUAAUCCUGAUCGAACCAACCACAUAGCAGCGUUUAUGUGGGGAACAUAUUAUUUGUAUUCUGGAGUCAGUAUACCAGGAACAUUCAAUCAUUACUCACUUACGAAAUUGCUGGAGGAGAAUUGGGGUUUGGCUAAUUUAGGUCGUAACGAUGUUACAGCACCUUCGCUAAUGGACAUUUGGCGACCAAAUGCAAAUUCGAAUAAUGCAAGUACUGAAACAACUGGUACUAGUACAUUUGCGACUAGUAAAGCUAGUUGUAAUGGUAUCGUUCGGAAGCUAUUCAUCGUCGCUUGUUUUCUAUUGAUUGUUAUAAGUAUGAUUUGCUAA